AUCAUGGAAGACACCGCUGGAGCAGAACUAGAUGUGGACAACGUGAUCCGCAUCAUGGUGGCCACCGACAAUCAUCUGGGCUAUGGCGAAAAGGAUGCUGUGCGCGGAGAGGACAGUUUCACAGCCUUCGAAGAGAUCCUGGAAAUGGCGGUUUCCGAGGAUGUGGACAUGAUUCUGUUGGGCGGGGACCUUUUUCACGAUGCCGUACCCAGCCAGAAUUCCAUGCACAAAUGCAUUGAACUCCUGCGUCGCUAUACUUUCGGAGAUCGUCCCGUUUCCCUGGAGAUCCUCAGCGAUCAGGCGCAGUGUUUCCAUAAUGCUGUCAACCAGUCUGUGAAUUACGAGGAUCCCAAUCUAAAUAUUGCCAUUCCAGUGUUUUCCAUUCAUGGUAAUCACGACGAUCCCAGUGGUUUUGGUCGCCUUAGUUCCCUGGAUCUGCUAAGCACCUCGGGACUAGUCAACUACUUUGGCCGCUGGACCGAUCUUAGCCAGGUGGAAAUCAGCCCCGUCCUAAUGCGCAAGGGCGAGAGCCAGUUGGCUCUAUACGGACUUAGUCACAUCCAUGACGGGCGGCUGGCCAGGCUCAUCAAGGACUUCAAGGUCAAGUUUAACUGCCCCGAGAAGGCAGCUGAAUGUGAAGCCGGCAAUGAGUCGAAAGUGGAGGAUGACUGGUUCCACCUUCUUGUUGUGCAUCAGAAUCGAGCUGAUCGGGGACCAAAAAACUAUUUGCCCGAGGAUUUGCUGCCGUCGUUUCUGCAUUUGGUGAUCUGGGGUCAUGAACACGACUGCCGCAUCGAACCGGAGGAGAAUGCUAAAAAGCAUUUCUAUGUCUCCCAGCCAGGCUCCUCGGUGCCCACUUCAUUGUCUGAGGGCGAGGCUAAGAAGAAGCACGUCGGCCUCCUUGAAAUCUACAAGGGAAAAUUCAAACUCCAUCCGCUUCCGUUGCGGACCGUCCGACCCUUCGUUUUCGAAUCUGUCGUACUCCCCGAUAUGGCCGAUGAACUAGGACUAGACGAAGGCGAUGCCUCUAACAAAGUCUUUCAAUUUGCAAAGGAUCGUGUGGAGGACAUGCUCCAGCGGGCAACCUCCCAACAUACCGGUCAUCCCAGGCAGCCCACGUUGCCGCUUAUCCGGCUGCGCCUUCUUUACACAGAUGAGUCCUGCAUGUUCAACACCAUUAGAUUUAGUCAGAUGUUCAGCACGCGGGUGGCCAAUGUGCAGGAUGUGGUGCAGUUCAGCAAACUUAUCAAGCGUACCAAGACGGAGACUGUAAAUCUGGACAAGGAGGCCCUGCGACGCGCACUAGAGGCAGAUAAUGCCACUCGCGUGGAGGAGUUGGUGGACCGUUAUUUCGAAGAGGCCAAGUCGAAUAAGCCUCUAAAGCUAUUCCACUCCAAGGCACUGGCAGAGAUGACUUAUCGACUGGUGGAGCGAAGAGAUGCUGAGGCAGCAGAAAAUAUUGUCAAGUUCUACAAGGAAAAGGCCGUGGAUCAUCUAAUGGAAUCCAUGCCCAACGAUGAGAACGUUGACGACGAGUUGGCGGGCUUUAGGGUGCGCCACAAGCAUGAGGAUCUGUUAAAAAUGCUUGAUGCCCAGGGCGUGAAAGUAAAGGGAGAAAAUAAGUCCCCAUCGGUUUUGAGCAGCGAAGCGAACUCAUCUAUAGCACCCGCGACGGGAAGAGGGCGUGGCAAAGGACGUGGUGCUGCACGAGGACGUGCCACUGCCUCAACAGCCGCACGGAGCAAAGCCCAGCUAGAUGUAAGCGUAAAUAAUACGAGGGCACCGGCGAAACAACAAACCCUUCUGAGCAGCGUUAGAGGAACUCGUAAUGUUGCCAGCUAUGUUAUAUCCGAUGAUUCCGAUUAAUUGUUAUUAUAGAGCCCCAUUUAAGUUGAAUAAAUUGGAGCUUUCUUUUAUAUAACCUCUAA